GUCCAUCUUGAACGUGACGCCCUCUACUGGACAAACUGAGAAGCACAACAACAAAGGCAACCAAUAUGGCGGCUUCCACCCGGCUCAUUUCAAGGUUGACACUGGUCACUGGAGGAGGCAGUGGAAUUGGACGGGCGGUGUGCCAGCGUUUGGCCUCUGAGGGCGCCUCCGUUGUGGUUGCAGACAUCAACCAAGAGUCAGCAGAUGAGACGUUUAGCAGUCUCCCGGACAACCUCAGAGGUCAGGUCCACAUGGCGACUGUGGUGGACGUGUCGUUAAAAGACAGCGUGAAGAAGCUGGUGACCAACAUACAGACCCGUUACUUCCAGCCUCCCUCAGUAUGUGUGAACACAGCAGGCAUCACUCAGGACGAAUUCCUGCUCAACAUGGAGGAGGAACAGUUUGACAGAGUCAUUCAGGUCAACCUGAAGGGUUCAUUCUUGGUCACUCAGGCUGUCGCUCAGGCUCUGGUUGCAUGUGGAGCUUCCAAAGGAUCUAUCAUUACAGUUGGAAGCAUUGUGGGAAAAGUGGGGAACCUCGGACAGGCAAACUAUGCCGCCUCCAAAGCUGGAGUUGAGGGUUUGACGCGCACGGCUGCCAAGGAGCUCAGCAGAUUUGGGAUUCGGUGUAACUGUGUGUUGCCAGGAUUCAUAACCACCCCGAUGACAGAUAAAGUGCCAGAGAAAGUUAUCAGCAAGAUAACAACCUUGGUGCCUCUGGGAAGAAUGGGAGAGCCUGCAGAGGUUGCUGAUGCCUGUGCCUUCCUAGCUUCUGACGACUCUCGCUACAUCACAGGGACCAGCAUUGAAGUAACAGGUGGACUUUUUAUGGGCUGAACCAGCUGUCUGCCACACAAGUGAACACAGCAGGAGGCCGGCUUUGCUGCUUGGAAUAUCCAUUCAUUCCUUUCCCAAAGCGACUUCCUCCCUUCCGGGGGUCACAGGGCUGCUGGAUCCAAUCUCAGCCACUCUUGGGGAUCACCCUGGAUGGUUCCCCAGUCCUUCACACGACUGCUUUGGAUAUGAUUACAUAUAUUGACCAGAUGACUCCAAAUUUUGAUCAUGAUUAAAUGAAGUCACUUUCUGUACUCAACAAAUGUUUUAAAAUAAAUGUAAAUAAUAAAACAAUUUCCUAUUAAAA